AUGUUUUUAUUUAGGAAACGAUCUAUGCCAGAGACACAAGAUGAUGAUAUAUCAUUAAACAAUAAAUCAAGAAGACCACCAAACACAGCAUUUAGACAACAACGAUUAAAAUCAUGGCAACCAAUCUUAUCUCCAAGAAGUGUAUUACCUUUACUUAUAUGUAUAGUUUGUGUUUUUUUACCUAUUGGUAUUGGAUUAAUUAUAACAGCUUAUGGUGUUCAAGAUUUAUCUAUUGAUUAUAGUAAAUGUGAUGUUUUGGCACCUCGAAGCGAUGAAUUUGAAGAGAUUCCAAGUAAAUAUAUUAGACAUCAUUUUAAAAAACGUCUUCAUAGUAAACCAUCAUGGAGACUUGUUCAGAAUGAAAAUGAUGAAGAGGAAAUCGUUUGUCAAUUACAAUUUGAAAUACCGAAUAAGAUUAAUAAAUCUAUUUAUGUUUAUUAUAAAUUGUCAAAUUUUUACCAAAAUCAUAGAAGUUAUGUGGAAUCAUUUGAUCAUAAUCAAUUAAAGGGUAAAGUUGUUAAAUUAGAUAAAUUGAAUACAGCAUGUAGACCCUUAAGAACAUAUCAUCGUGGUGAAGAAGAUGAAAAGAUAGUUUAUCCCUGUGGAUUAAUUGCGAAUUCUAUGUUUAAUGAUACAUUUUCUAAUAAGUUUGUUAAUAUUGAUAGUGAUGAUGAUGGUGUUGAAGAUUAUUUGUUAACUAAUAAGAAAAUUUCAUGGAGUAUUGAUCGUCAUCAUCGAUUUAAAAGGACACAUUAUAAUGUUAGUGAUAUUGUACCACCACCAAAUUGGAUGAAGAAAUUUCCCGAUGGGUAUAGUGAAGAUAAUUUACCCAAUCUUGAAGAAUGGGAAGAAUUACAAGUUUGGAUGAGAACAGCUGCUUUCCCUAAGUUUUAUAAAUUAGCAUUAAAGAAUGAAACCAGUGCUUUAAAGGCAGGUAAUUAUACUAUUGAUAUUGGAUUAAAUUAUCCUGUAUCAAUAUUUGGUGGUAGUAAAUCAUUUAUAAUAAGUACAUCAGUUGGUAUUGGUGGACGUAAUGUCUCAUUAGGCGUUGUAUUUUUAAUUGUAACGUGUGUGGGAGGAUUAUUUGCAAUGAUUUUCCUUGUUACUUUAUGUUUACAACCAAGAACUAUGGGAGAUCAUUCAUAUUUAAAUUUUGAUGAAGAAGAGGAUAAUUCUAAUGAAAAUAGGAUUAAAGAUGCGACGACGUCACUAAGAGAGAUAUUGUGA